AUGAUCUUGAGAUCGCAUGAGGAUUCGGUGUCCAUCAUAGAGGCUCCACAGAUCUUGCCCAAGGUCAAUGAAAGCGCCGCGGGGCACGGAGCGCCUUCCACGCCAACAAAACCACCAAAGAAGAAGAUCGCAAUCAAAGCGCCAAAGGCUUACGACCAGGAAUAUCUUGCAGAUAAUUUAUCGCGUAAAUUUGCAACCAGCACUUUCGAUACCCAGGAGCGUCAGUAUCUGCCCGAGCCAUGCAUCAAGGGGCACUCCUCAAAUCCCGCCAUUGAAGGUCUUGUUACCAAAGCAAGUGUGGAACGGGAAUUCAGGAGAGCUCCAGAUAGUAAUGGUUAUACAUUCGAAGAACUAGAAGCUGUCAUUGAUUGGGUUAUCGCGGUGGCUAGCAAGGUCUUUGUGAUCGCUGUGCAGUGUCAUCUUCGGGAUUCCAACUUCCUGCUUGGAUCGAUGCUGAAUUUCUACACAAAUGACUUCGAAGACGAGGCACUGCCAAUAAACGAUCCCAGAGCCUCGGAUGGGCGUAACCGACCACCUAGAUCAGCAGCUUUCAAUGCCGAGUUUUGGACGGAUCAGCGACACGACGAGUUCUUCCAAUUCCAGUGGACGUGCAAGGCCCCGGUAUUCACUUCGAGCUGCUACGAGUAUGAUCUUCCUAGUCAGUGCAUUCUGCCCUUUAGGAGAGUCGUAGAGACGCAGCCGAGAGGUGGGUCAUUUAGCCAUGUCUUCAAAGUUGUAGUGCACCAGCAUCACCAGCAAAGACAUGCAUCGCUCGAAUCCCCCAAACCAGAGCUCAUUCGAGAGGCUAUCCGCCAGCUCAGAGGUCUCGCUGAUGCUUUAGACCAUCUUCACAACUUUCAAGGCGGCCGUCCUGCCGCCACCGACGAAACCUAUCGAAUCGUUGAAGUAAGGGUCGAUUCCGCAGAUGACGCCACGUCGCAGAUGGACGAUGACGAGGAUGUGAAUGAUUAUCGAAAUCCACUUCGUCAAGAAUCCAUCCGGCACGGGGAUCUCAAGCCUGAGAACAUACUGCGCUUCCUAGACGGUAGCUCUGAGGUAAUCGGUACGCUCAAGCUUGGAGACAUGGGCCUGGCGAAGAGACACGUAGCCGCCACCGAGAAACGACGCGGAACCAGCAUGAGGUACGGAACGCGUCGAUACGAAGGACCCGAAACAAUGAACUCUACUCAAGGCCGAUCAAGGCUUUACGACCUUUGGUCAAUUGGGUGCAUCACAUUCGAAUUCAUCAUCUGGUUGCUGUACGGCAAUGAAGCCCUUGUUGAGUUUUAUGAACAAGCGGAAAGUUCAAGCUCUCCUUCCGAGUUCCAAUACUACAAGCUACAGCGAACGGAAACAGGUUCACGGUCAGUGGUUCAUCCCACUGUGAUCAGCUGGAUGGACCAUAUACAGAAGGAGGACCCAGAGUGUCACAUAGAAUCGGCAUCUGCGCUCAAAGAUCUUCUGUAUAUUGUGCGGGAGAAACUUCUAGUCGUCGACUUGCCUCCUACUCGAGGAAGUGCACUGGCUGACGGCGGUGGCGCACGUGGAUUCGCUCCAGCCUUCGUAGGAGGCAGGACAAAGUAUCGUGCGACAGCAGCUGAGUUUCGCAAGGCUUUGGACGCAAUACAGAAGAAGGGAAAAGACUCUGCCUAUGUGUUUACGGACUAUUCGCUGCCACCCCUUGAAUCUUGGGAUUUCGGAGUCGACAAUGUCUUUGCUACAAAGGUAAUCAAGCAUCUUGGCGCUGAAGGGGCGCAAGAACCUGCGGAUGUACGCAACAAAUUGUGCAGACGAUGUGCGAAGCUCAAUUUUUGGUCAUCGGGGUUUGCAAUUGAGGAUGGUGUUGACGCUUUAGCAAAGUCUGCAGCGACUUGCGACUUGUGUAAACUGCUUAACGACGCAAGCCUUGGUACUGAUCGUCCUCACAGCGAGAAGAUCAGAUUUGAAAGGACUCAGUCCGUAAUUACCAUAACAGGCAACGCAUUCCCAAUCCUUUCGCUCAUACGAAGUCCGGGUGAGCAACUACCUUGCCGAUUCGCUAUAUCGCUAAUCAUCACCCUCAUUUUAGAGCUUGUCACGCCUACUGCCAUCCAGAUUGGAAGACCCGAGCUUCCAGAUCUGACGAGCUCAGAUUCCAAGGCAUUCUUCGAACUUGCCAAAGCAUGGCUCAAAGAUUGCGAUGAUAACCACACAGGCUGUCAAAUGCAGAUCACACACAAACUUCCUACAAGACUCAUUGAUGUUGGUACUUCACAAGGCCUCGUCCUUCGGCUUGUAGAGACGCGACACGAGAUUGUGCAGGAUCCGCAUUAUAUCGCACUCUCGCAUCCAUGGGGCAACACAGACGUAUACGAAGCUUUCGUAACUCUAUGCAACGACGAAAGCAACGCUGGCCACGAUAUCGCCAGAUUCAAGAAAGCUAUUCCUUACGACGAUUUGCCAAAAACCUUUCAAGAUGCAGUAGACUGUACACGUAAGCUGAACGUCAGAUAUCUAUGGAUCGAUUCGAUAUGUAUCAUACAGGGUCCAGAUGGCGAUUUUUCUGAUGAAGCCAAGCGAAUGGAAGAUGUAUACAGUGGUGCGUACUGCGUGGUCGCUGCUAGUCGCGCUGGUGAUCAACGAGAUGGCUUUCUUGGUGCAAGACCACGACGCAAACACGUCUCGUUUCAGCCUGAAAAGCCUUUCUAUGUUUGCCAGACCAUCGAUCAGUUCAAUGACGACGUUAUCCUGGGAUCUCUGAAUCAGCGCGGAUGGGUUCUGCAAGAGCGCGCCUUGGCUCGGCGAACCAUAUACUUCACAGAGAACCAGACUUACUUCGAAUGCGGUAAUGGUGUUCGUUGUGAGACCCUGACUUUGAUGCACAAUAAUAUGGCGGACUUUCUCGGCGACCCUAGCUUCCCCGACAAAGCCAUGCGCGUCAGGUCGCGUGCUUUGAAGAUAGAGUACUUCCAGGGCUUGUACAAGCAAUACUCUCGCUUAGGUUUCACUCGCUGGGAAGAUCGGCCGGUCGCCAUUGCCGGCCUUGAGAAGCGUCUCCAACGAGCUUUCGGCACAAAGGGCAGAUACGGUAUCUUUGACGACGGAAACAAGCUUGGUAGUGGCUUAUUUCAUCGGAGUUUGCUUUGGCGGCGCGAAUGGAACGCAGCGGAAAGCAAAGACGGCGAGCCAUUAGUGGCAAUCGCUUUCCCAGCCGAGAAAGACUUUCACGUGCCCAGUUGGUCUUGGAUGGCAUACAGGGGCGGCAUCGAUUACACGGAUCCGCCUUUCAAGUCCGCAACUUGGGAGACCGGAGAGCUCAUACCACCCUGGACGCGGGGCAAUCACCAACACCCAGAUACCAAUGAGGACGUCUCCAUUGCAGCUGUUGCGCGAGAUUUCGAUCUCAAGGGCCGCGAUCCAGAAGAAGUCAAGAUUGCCUAUGAUACUGAAAAGAGCUCUGAGGGUCAGCGGGUGCAAUGCGUUAUUGUUGCAAGGUCAAAAGCUGCGCGAUCAGAUCAGGAUAGACGGUACUAUGUUCUACUUGUAAUUCCGACGCAGAAUCAGGCAGUCGACGGUCCAUGGAUGAAGUGCAAGCGAGUGGGCGCUGGAUUUAUGCUUGGGAAAUACAUUACACUGGAUAGGCCUGGUACAGAAGUGAGGAUCUAUUGA